AUGGGGUUCGACGAGUUGCGAAACGGUGUACGACCAUCAACACGUCAUGCACUGCAGCCGCUCCACGCCAGCGUCCCUAUCCGCACCUCGCAAAUUUCCCUACUCACUGUUUACACCGGUUACACCCUAUUUGUGUAUUUCUUGUCUCUAUUUAAGGGGGGUCUAGAUAGGCUGACUUCGCGAGGUGCUAUCCGAGAAGUGGGCGAUCUUGUCGUUACAUGGUGUCUAUGCUACAUUUGUGAUCAUGAUCUCGCAGACUAUACAAUAAGGUGUCCAGACACUUCUCUCUGUCUAUACAACGGUGCAACAAGCCCGGAGAACGAUUGCGUCGACCGUCUCUCUCGCUUCGCCGUGAUGUGAUUGGUUGAUAAUUCCCACCGAGACCUUGUGCGGUCGAAUCGGAUGGAAGGUGCAGUGAAAUGAAUUGUUGUGUGGUGUAUCGCCGUGGCUCUUCGUACGUUGUUGUUUAUCGUCUUUCGUGAUUCGCGUUUACUGGUGGUUGUUGUGUCUCGGACGUGUGCUGGGAUUGAAAUUGAUGGGGGGUUCAAGAAGGAGGAUGCCGGUAGACUGCAGAAUUUGGCUCGUCCAUGAUUUAUGAGGAUGAUGGCGUCGAUCGGGAGGCUUCAGGAUUGGCGUAAGCUACCGUUGCGACUACUGAUGGCAUGACCGAGGCUACCGCCGAGCGAUCCUCUUCCUCUCCCUCCCCUCAAUCACGUCGUCCUCCCCCUCGCUCCCCUGGACCUGGACUGAC